ACUGUAAACAAACACAUUCCAACACCAUAAAAUCACUCUGGUAAUUCAAUCCUCGUUAAUAUUGUCGUCCCAAAAUGAUCGUAUUGUCAGUGGGAGUCAUUAAGCGUUAUCCACCCACUUGUCUAUACAAACUGAACAUUGCCGUUCACAAGAUCAGACCAGUUCAAGAAUGUCACUGAGUAAAGCAUCUGCUAGCUUCAGUACUAGUGCAAUUAAGAGCAAAUCCUACGAAACACAGCUACAACAACUGAAAACUGCCACUACAUGUAAGGUGUGUAAGAAGUUCUACAGUAACCCUAAGAUCCUUGUGUGUCUUCACUCGUUUUGUCUCUCCUGCCUCGACUCACUGCAUACACAAGAGGAGGACAAUUGUCUGCAAUGCCCGGACUGUCAAAAGCUCACCAACAUACCACAGGAAGGCAAAGAUAAACUUCCCAAUGCAUUUCUGUUGAAUCGAAAGCUAGAAGAGUAUGCUUUUCUACAGAAGGCACUGGGAAAGGUGGAAAACAAUUGCGAGAAGUGCACAGGAAAAUCUGUCAAAGCGACGAUGUUUUGCGAGGGGUGUCGAAAGUUUGUGUGCGAUCUCUGUGUUACUAUUCACAAGAGUUGGGCUGAAUUUUCGUCUCACAAUUUGUUAAAGCUGUCAGAGCUAAGAGAUAACUACCAAGCCUAUGUCCCAGAUCACACAUCUGCCCCAAGUUGCCGCUCACACAGCAAGGAAUGCAAUAUAUUCUGUGAGACUUGCAGACGAGAAAUCUGUCACGAAUGCAUCAUCAAGAACCAUCGUGACCACCGCUACAAUCUUGUAGCAGACUCAGCCAAACAGCACAAAAAGGACAUGACUGAGAAGCUCAAGAGCCUUGAUGGAGUUCCAGAGGAGCUAGACCAAGCAAUCUCGAAACUAGAGAGUCUGUCUAAUGGAUUCUCCGCCAGAGGAAAGGUUGUAAGCAAGGAAGUGAAAGAAUCAUUUGAACAGCUAGAGAAAGUGGUUGUCAAGCAGAAGGCUUCACUCCUUGAUCAAGCUGCUAACAUUGUCGAAUCCAAGGUCAAGUUGUUGCUGAAUCAGAAAUGUAUGCUGGAGGAGGUAAAAGUGAAGGUGACAUCCUGUCAUUCCUUUGUACGGCAGACUGUGCAGAACGGCCACAUCCCAGAGUUCUUUAUGAUGGAGGAGCAGAUGAAGGAUCGCAUCUCAGAGGUGAGCAAGGAGUUCGCUGCCACUGACCUCACACCCGUUGAAGAACCAGAAAUUUAUUUCGCAAUCAACCAAGAACAAGUCGAUGCUUUCCCUGCAGUUGGGAACGUUAGUGAUGGGAGUAUUCUGCACGUUGGAUCAAAGACAGGAGAUCUUUUGAAUGGACGAACAAGCUUUAUCGUCAAGGAAGUGGUAACUUUCUACAUUGCUCUCUCCUCCGCCUACUACAAGAUGACAAACAACCCUUCUGAAGAAAUUUCUGCAGAAUUCCAGUCGCUAAGAGACAGCUCCAUAUGCCCAGCUACAGUAGCCAUUAGCAACAGCGGAUUUGCUAAGAUUCAGUGUGCCUUUGCCGACCGAGGAAGGUACCAACUGCGAGUAUUGGUGAGUGGGCAGCACAUAAUUGGAAGCCCCUACAGUUUCCUGGUGAAGCCAAAUGCAGAUCAGUUCAACCAGCCACUGCGCAGCAUCACUAAGCUCACUAGUCCGAGAGGAAUAGCCAUUAACAAAAAGAACCACAUCAUUGCCACGCAGGAAACAGCACACACUGUGACAGUGUACGGUCGCAAGUGCAAGAAAAUUCUAUCUUUUGGCUCAAUCGGAACAGAGCAAGGUCAGUUUAACCAGCCAACUGGAGUGGCUGUGGAUGAUGAAGGAAACAUCUACGUUGCAGAUACCAAGAACAACCGAGUUCAAAAGUUUGAUCCUCAGGGAACAUUUUUGGCUGUAUUUGGGGGAGAGAGUGACUCACAGUGUGGGCCUCUCAGCGUCCCUGCUGGUAUCAAGAUAAGCAACGAGCAGGAGGUGUAUGUUGUCGAUCGUGGCAAUGGAAGAAUCGUGGUUCUCACACAAGAGCUCACGUUUAAGCGUUUAUUUGGAUCUCCCGGACAAAAUCUCAGCCAAUUCCAAGAUCCGUGGGACAUUGCGUUCGAUGCAAGGGGAUUCUGCUACGUCACAGACAUCAAGCUACAUUGCAUUUUCAUCUUUAGCGACACUGGAGAUUUCCGUGGGAGAAUUGGAUCAAUGGGAACACAGAAAAGUCGACUGAAUCGACCCUCAGGAAUCGCCAUCAAUCAACAAGGCCAGAUUUUCGUGUGCGAGUUCGGCAAUCAUCGUGUCUCAAUCUUCCAUGUUAGCAGCGAAUUCGUCGAUUGCUUCAGUGGAGGAUUGAGCAUGGUCAACCCUUGUAGCAUUGUCAUCGACCACGACGGAUUUGUUUAUCUAUCAACAUCUGAAGCCGUGCAUGUGUUUUAAUUAAUCCUCUGUAAUGUAUUGACAUUGACAAGGUACAUAAUUUUUUUAUGCAAUUUUGUAGUGAUUGUUAAAUGUAACGAUUGUUGAUUGUUAAAUUAACGAUCUUUA